AUGGACCCCAUCGACGAUUUGGAUAUGUUACUGUUCAAAUCUAACUUCACCAAAACGCAGCUGCGGUUGUGGUAUCAAUUCUUGAAGCAGGUUUUUCCAGAUCGUCUGCUGACCAGGGAACAGUUUCAUGUGAUAUUCAGCCAAGUGUUUCCCAAAGCAGUGACAUUCGCGUACGCUGAUUACAUGUUUAACUCGUUUGAUGGGACGCUGAACAAAGACAUGAUCCAGAUUUCGAAAGUCAUAUCCUCCGUGAGCAUGCUCGGCAGUGCCGACAUCCGCGACAAGCUGAAAUGGGUUUUUCGUCUGUACGACAUCCACAAGAACAACAAAAUCUCCUUCUCUGAACUGUGGAUGGUGAUCCGCGCCGUCUACGAGCUGAACGGCUUCGACCUGUCUGACGAGAAGAACAAGCUGCUGACCUUCGCCCAUGCCAAGCACGUGUUUCAGCUCUUCUUGUCGAUCUUUACAGCCGCCGCCGUGCCGCUACCUCCCCAUCCGGCAGUCGGAGUGAUGCAGGUUUUGAUCCUGGACUUUCGCAGUUUCCUACAGGUCCCCAACAACCUGCGCGGUUGUUGUUAA